GCGGCGGCGGCUCCUCGGGCGGCUGCACGAGCGGAGGAUGCGGCGAGUCCUGCGGGCGGGGCUCGCGCUGCUGCUGGAAGUGGGGGUGCGCGCGCUGCUGCUGGGGCUCUUUUUGUUCACUGAACUUCUGCCUCCAUUCCAGCGAGUCAUACAGCCUGAAGAAAUGUGGCUCUAUAAAAACCCCUACAUAGAGUCUGACCACGUACCGGCCAAACCCAUGUUUGUCAUUUCCUUUUUGUCUCCCCUGGUCUUGAUUCUCCUAGCCAAAUUCUUCAUGAACGCCGACCAAGAAGAUACACGGGAAGCAUGUUUAGCUGCCAGUCUGGCUCUUACACUAAAUGGCGUCUUCACAAAUGCUGUAAAGCUGGCCGUGGGCAGGCCUCGCCCCGAUUUCUUCUACCGCUGCUUUCCAGACGGACGGGAAACCCUUCAGCUGCUGUGCACGGGCGACGCGCAAGUCGUGACCGAAGGGCGCAAGAGCUUCCCCAGCGGGCAUUCCUCCUUUGCCUUUGCUGGCCUUGCCUUUGGCUCCUUCUACAUAGCAGGAAAGCUCCACUGCUUUGCGCCCGGCGGGCGUGGGCAGUCCUGGCGUCUUUGUGCCUUCUUAGCGCCCCUCUUCGUUGCAAUGCUCAUCGCUUUGUCCCGUACCUGUGAUUAUAAGCAUCAUUGGCAAGAUGUGCUGGUAGGUUCAGGAAUGGGCUUUGUAUUUGCAUACCUGUGCUACAGACAGCAUUACCCGCCUCUGACCGACCCGGAGUGUCAUCAGCCACUGCAGCGCAAGUCAAAGUUCUCUGCUCCGGAGAGGCAAAAAUUGACACUCUCUGGCUUCAGCCUAGAUGUAUAAAGACCUAGAGGAUCCUCCCCCCACCCACCCCUUCACGCCCUGGGACAUGGAAGAGAAGGGAGGGCAAAGCCAUCCAUGAUGUGCCUGGAAGGAAAAAGAGCACCCUCAUUAAAGAAGCCACAGCCCGGUUGAAGCUCUGGGCAAAUGCUUCGUCCCUCUUCCUCACGAGUCUUUUGGCAGGGAAAGGCGCUUUGCAUUUUGCUUGCGUGCCGCCUGCUAGAAGGUUUGUCUGCUCUCUCGUCCCAGGCAACAGGAUUUUAGGAUUUGGGGUGAUCUUUUGUAGCCAGCCUGUUUACAGUCUGACACACGGUUUUAAAAAUAUAUAUAUCGUAGAAUCUCAAUGGACCCAUUAUAGCAAGCUAGUCCAGUCCCUUUGCUACCAAGGUAAGGUUAUUGAACCUGCAGCUCACCUCCCCACAGAUCAACAUAAGGCAGCCCCGGCUAGCGGGCUACAGAAAAAUGGAUCUGCAGAGCAAGCACUCUAGAAAACCUAGCCACACAAGAAAGGGGGGUUACCCAGUGUUGUAACAACUUAGUCAUCAUAUGCGUUUAGGAUGUAGGGCACAGUACCUGCUCUGAGUUUUCUGCAAAUCCAACUACCUCCUAUCUCCUUCCCUCCCCUGCCUCACACAUAUACAGGUAGCUGCUAUUUACAUUCACAUGUUUCCAUGCGGGAGUCCUGUAGCUUCAUAAAGCUUAUUAUGGAAUAAGCGUUUGUAGCCAGACCUUACUUACUCAGUGUUACUCUCCCCGUUUGUGUGUGUUUCUCUCAUUUAGAUAAAUAGAUAUGAGAGCCUGCAAUCUUAAGCAGGUCUACUCAGAAGUAAGUCCCACUGCAUUGACUAGGACGUCUCUUUAGUGAGUAGGUUUAGGAUUACAGCCAGAGUAGGCAGAGAAAUUGUAAACAGUAGGGCAGGGGAAUGUUUUAGAUGAAGGUCAUAAUCCCUGACCGAUGGCUUGCUGGCUGGGGCAUAUAGGAGUUGUAGUCCAAAAUAUCUGAAGGGCACUAGUUUGCCUACCCCUGCCAUAGGGUAACGUGUCAUGCGUCUGAUGAAGACGACUCUGCGAAUGCUUCUGCCGUAGCAAAUCCAUUUGCCUUUUCAAUGCCACGAGGCUCUGCAACAGACUUAACACCACUUAUCCGUGUGGUACGCGCAAGUCUGUGAUCCCUUUGGCUGCCUCCGAAAGCCGACCCUGUGUUGGAUGAACAAGGCCCUUCUUGGAUGAAAUCAGCACUGUGCGCAUCCCAUUGGAGCAUCACACAUUGAUGUAGGCUGCAACCAUGGAAAGUGAAGGUGGCAAUGGAGUCCUUAGAGCGAUGAAGAAAAGUUUAUAGGCAUCAUCUGUUGCACUCUCAAACAACCAGAAAGUUGAUGGACAGGGCUUCAGUCUGCUCCUUACUGUAGGCCGUGGCUUUUCGUUCUUCUGCACUUGCUUCCUUAAUUUUCCACACUUUCGCAUCUUUCUUUUUCUUGAUGCUUUGCCCUGGAAAAUCUAAACUCUGAAAACAUGAGUCUUGGCAGUGUGUACGAUAUAGAAUCUGGGUGAUUUCUUUUCCAGGUCAAACAUACAGCAUUUUGUAGAGCCAGUCCUGCUCUUAAUUAUGCGUAUGCAGAAAAUAUGGCUGUAGCAUCAAGUCUAAUCCUGUGAUAUACUGUACUUUAUGGCAACAAAGCCAUGUCAUAUCUCAAUUAACAUUUUGUCAUCUUCUUAGUCCUCAGGAUUGGAAGGAAUGGAAUCCAAGGAUCUAUUUCAGCAGGUUUUGCGGAGAAGUUGCUAGCCACCCCCCCCCCCCCCCGCCCAUGAAAUUCACUAUCCUUCCCAGCAACACAUACUUGCUUGCCAUUUGUAGCAUAAAAGGGUGGGGGAAGACCAAUUUCUAUAAAUAUUCCUUACCUGUUCCUCAUUUUUUAAAAAGAAUUCUGUGCCUAAUUUAAAACUCAUAUUUUGCCUCCCAGUCUCCUUCAAGUCUCUGUCCUGUGAGCACAAAGAAAUCUCACACACAGCUGCAUGUAUACAUCAGGAGCAGUAGACUGGGGCAUCAACCCAACAGUGGCAUUGGCAAAAGGACUAGAACAGGGUAUCUCAAGAAUACUUGCUCAAAGCAGGCAGCCAAGGGAAGAGGCAAAAAACAGGCAGGAGGUCUAGGCGCUCACAAAUGAUUUCUGCCUUGCUGCAACUGCCAAUUAACAAAGCACUUUAGGUGGCUGCUGCACUAAAGCUUCUGCUGCUGGAAGGAAUGACCCUCUGCCUGUCUGCUGCAAAAUCCCACUCUAGGAACUUGUGUGUCCUCCCUGGGCAGGUGGCCUGCUGCCCACCUGCCCCUUUUUGGAAACUACUGGCCUAGAGGCCGCUGUUAUUCCCAAUAGGCAAUCCGCUGCGUAAAAGCCUACUUUGCAUGUGCAUGUAACCAUUUUAUUGAAGCUCGCUCUGGUCCUCGGAGUUUGGGAGGAGUUGUAUAUAAAGCUAUAGACCGAACCUUUCCGACCCCUACUCUCUCGGUCCAGGAGCUCUCUCUGCUCUGCUCUUCCACAAGCUUUCAAGAGAUCAUGUCAGUCUGGCUGAGCCUUCAUGCAAGCACUCCGCGCAUUGUGCCCAUGAGACGAGACAGCUUCUUCCAUUGGUUUGUUCCUGCGCUGGGAUUCCGUUUUUGUUAGCGCUUGGGGAAUUUGCACUCUUGGGCAGAGUUUGCGCUCUUUGCAUAAACCUGACGACGGAGGGUGGCGACUUGGUCACAGCCAAGUUGAACCAGGUUAAUCUUAAACCUGGAGAGGCUUUUUAAGUGGGCAAUCUCCUUUUGAGGAACUUCAGAGGGAAAAUCUGGGCUGCAUGGCAGGGACGCUAGCAUCAAAGGCAGCCUCUCUCCAAAGGUAGCUUUUUAGUAGGGAACUCUUUAUGUUCAUGCUACCAUAGAAGGGGUGUAGGGAGAUAACCAGCAGAAGGCUUCCUUCGCCCCCUACAGAAGGCAAUCCAGAAGUAGGGUUUGCCUUGCUGCUCUUUCUGCAUCAUACCAAAGGCCAGCUUACAAAUCUGUAUUAUUUGUUAUCAUCAAAACAAGAUGGGUCUUCACAUGCAGCUGAAUAAGAACAGCAAAAGACCGUCCUGCUUUGACUGUGGCAGACUCAGACUAUAGCAGGGAUGGGCAAUUUUAGUCGGCCUGGAGGCCACUUUCAGCCUCCCGGACCCUCCUCCUGUUGCUGAAUCACUAAUGCCAAAUUCAGCACUGGAGGCAAAAAGCUGGUAGUUUACCACUGCUAUGGAGGGGUAAACCAAUCAAAUUUAACUUGUUUCCAUGCUCAGUGUGACCUCUUAUCCUUCUGUAGCCGUUUGCUGCCGGGGUGGGUGGGUUGCCACCACAAAUUUUAGUGGCAGAGCAGGGGGGCACACACAGUUUGCGUGUUGCUAACCUGACCUAUAGCUUCCCGAAACAUUUUACUCGUCUUGUCCUGGAAUAAAAUGUUUGGGGAAGCUGCAAGCAAUGCCAAGCAUGCUUUUUUGUUAGGGUUGACAACGAUUGCUGUUUGAGAUGGUGUAAUAGCGCCCGGAAAUGUGUGCAUUGUUCAGAUCGGCGGAUCUGGUUGCUGUAUGUUUUUCUGCCCCUAUGGAUGAUUACAGUUGUAGCUGCUUUUGUCAUAAGGAAACAUGAUCUGCCAACUUGGCUCUACGGAUUGAGAAAACAGUGCAAGGCAAUACUUCUGUGCCAAACGGCUAACUAACAUGCAUAGUGUAGGUAGUGCAUUAGUGUUCAGGUACCCAAUGCUGGGUCCUGAUCCAAUGAAGGAAAGAAAGGUAAGCAAGCAGGGAGCAUGAAGAAAGACAUACAUAGUAAAAUAAUAUAUAUACAGUAUUUUAAAAAUAAGAGUAAGUCCUAUACAGCAAGUUGGGGUGAAAGUAUAGUCCCCAGGACUGAAAAUGCUGAGGACAUGGCAAAGAAAAAAAGAAAAUGUCUCUCUCUGAUGGUGUUUUAGAAAGGAUAAAUAAUAUAAUGAAGUAUUGCUGGAUCAGCCUUAUGGUUCCAAACCGUUAGCCAUGAAGUUUAUUGGGUGCCCUUGGGCCUGUCACUAUCAGCCUAGCCUAAAUCACAGGGUUGUUCAGUGGAUAAAAUGGGCAGGGACCAUGCAUAUUACCCUGAGCUCCUUGGAGGAAGGUUGGAAUAAAAACCUUAAUAAAUGGGGAACAAAUGAAGUGAAAGAGUGGCCGAUUAGGUAUCCCCAGAACACUGAAGGCAGAUUAUGAUGGUGACAGUAUUCCUAUAUUGUUUACAUGCCUGGCAAUUAAAAGUUUGCUGCCAGAGAUCCCAUUCUGCUAUUACAGUCACAUAGCUAUCAUUUCAGGCAUUGGAAACCUUUAGACCAGCUCAUGUUGUGCCUGCUUUUAGGAAUGGGUUACUCUAAACCAGCCUUUCUCAACCUGGGGCGCUC